AUAACGUUACCCAAGUAAAACUCGCGAGAUUGAACGAGGGGAUAAGUUGAGGAAAUAUGGCGACGUCUAAUUUGUUAAAGAACAAAGGGUCCCUCCAGUUCGAGGACAAAUGGGAUUUGAUGCGGCCAAUUGUCCUGAAGCUGCUUCGUCAAGAGUCUGUGACCAAGCAGCAGUGGUUCGACCUGUUCUCAGAUGUCCAUGCCGUCUGCCUGUGGGAUGAUAAAGGUCCUGCAAAGAUCCACCAGGCACUGAAGGAGGACAUCUUAGAUUUUAUCAAGCAAGCUCAGGCCCGAGUACUCAGCCAUCAGGAUGACACUGCUCUGCUCAAGGCCUACAUUGUGGAGUGGAGGAAGUUCUUCACGCAGUGUGACAUCCUGCCCAAGCCUUUCUGCCAGCUGGAGAUCACUUUGAUGGGCAAGCAGGGCAGCAACAAGAAAUCUAAUGUGGAGGACAGUAUAGUGAGGAAGCUCAUGUUGGACACCUGGAAUGAAUCCAUCUUCUCGAACAUCAAGAACCGCUUACAGGACAGUGCCAUGAAACUGGUCCAUGCAGAGAGGCUAGGAGAGGCCUUCGAUUCACAGCUGGUCAUUGGGGUGCGGGAGUCAUAUGUGAAUCUGUGCUCCAACCCAGAGGACAAGCUGCAGAUCUACAGGGACAACUUUGAGAAGGCGUACCUGGACUCCACUGAGAGAUUCUACAGGACACAGGCGCCCUCAUACCUGCAGCAGAAUGGCGUGCAGAAUUACAUGAAAUAUGCAGAUGCUAAGCUGAGGGAGGAGGAGAAACGUGCCCUUCGCUAUUUGGAGACGCGGCGUGAAUGUAACUCUGUCCAAGCACUUAUGGAAUGUUGUGUGAAUGCUCUUGUGACGUCCUUCAAAGAAACCAUUCUGGCAGAAUGUCCUGGCAUGAUAAAACGCAAUGAAACUGACAAGCUGCACCUGAUGUUCUCGCUCAUGGACAAAGUCCCCAGUGGAAUUGAACCCAUGCUCAAGGACCUGGAGGAACACAUCAUCAAUGCUGGACUAGCAGACAUGGUAGCUGCGGCUGAGACUAUUACUACUGACUCUGAGAAGUACGUGGAGCAGCUUCUCACUCUCUUUAACCGCUUCAGCAAAUUAGUGAAGGAGGCAUUUCAGGAUGACCCUAGGUUCCUGACAGCCAGAGACAAGGCAUACAAAGCUGUGGUUAAUGAUGCCACAAUAUUUAAGCUGGAACUGCCAACGAAACAGAAGGGGGUGGGCUUGAAAACACAGCCGGAGUCCAAGUGUCCAGAGCUGCUGGCCAACUACUGUGACAUGCUGCUGAGGAAGACUCCGCUCAGCAAGAAGCUCACCUCCGAGGAGAUAGAAUUAAAACUAAAGGAAGUGCUAUUGGUGUUGAAGUACGUCCAGAAUAAGGAUGUCUUCAUGCGGUAUCAUAAAGCCCAUUUAACGAGGCGUCUGAUCCUGGACAUCUCGGCAGACAGUGAGAUAGAGGAGAACAUGGUGGAGUGGCUCAGGGAAGUAGGUAUGCCUGCAGACUAUGUAAACAAGCUUGCCCGGAUGUUCCAGGAUAUCAAAGUGUCAGAGGAUCUCAACCAGGUCUUUAAGGAGGUGCAUAAACACAACAAAUUAGCAUUACCAGCGGACUCUGUCAACAUCAAGAUCCUGAAUGCGGGUGCGUGGUCACGAAGCUCGGAGAAGGUGUUUGUGUCUUUGCCGACAGAGCUGGAGGAUUUAAUCCCUGAGGUGGAGGAGUUCUACAAGAAGAACCACAGUGGCAGGAAGCUGCACUGGCACCACCUCAUGUCCAAUGGGAUUAUCACAUUCAAGAAUGAAGUGGGGCAGUAUGACCUGGAGGUGACCACUUUCCAGCUGGCUGUUCUCUUUGCCUGGAACCAAAGACCCCGAGAGAGGAUCAGUUUUGAGAACCUGAAACUGGCCACAGAGCUGCCGGAUGCAGAACUCAGGCGGACACUGUGGUCUCUUGUUGCCUUCCCAAAGCUGAAACGUCAAGUCCUGUCAUAUGAACCUCAAGUUGGCUCACCCAAAGACUUCACUGACAGCACGCUGUUUUUCGUCAACCAAGAGUUCUCCUUGAUAAAAAACUCCAAGGUUCAGAAGAGGGGCAAAAUCAACCUGAUCGGCCGUCUCCAGCUGACCACGGAGAGGAUGAGGGAAGAGGAGAACGAAGGCAUCGUCCAGCUGAGAAUAUUAAGGACGCAGGAAGCCAUCAUCCAGAUUAUGAAGAUGCGCAAGAAGAUCACCAACGCACAGCUGCAGACGGAGCUGGUGGAGAUCCUGAAGAACAUGUUCCUGCCGCAGAAGAAGAUGAUCAAAGAGCAGAUCGAGUGGCUCAUCGAACACAAAUACAUCAAGCGGGACGAGACGGACAUUAAUACCUUCAUUUACAUGGCGUAGCGGAGACACAUUUGCAGACACUAAGGAAGAGAUUGACAACAACGAUGAUGAUGAUGAUGAUGAUGACUUUGAUGAGAAGGAGGAGGGUGUUGCCGGUGGGGGGGUUCGUCCGUAGUAGGAGUGGGAUGCCUUCUGGACCCUGUACUAGCUGCCGGCCCCCUUGUCUGCACACAAAACGGGCUGGUUUUAAGAUCAACAGUCACAAUUCAUUAUAGCCAGAAGAAGAAAAAAAACCACAACAACAAAACAAUCCCUGCCUUAUGUUACAUUUUAACAAGAAAAAUGAACCAGGGGAUAAAUGUUUAACGAAAAAAAAAAGAUACACAAGUGAUGAUAAGAAUUUUAUUAUUAUUUUUUUUUUUUGCCAAUGGGUAGACAGGAGGCAUGGUGGGCAGUCGCCGUUUGUGUGUCUACAUCUUCUUCAGCAUGCUGUCUCUGGGGAGCCCCUUUCCGUUCAUCACAGGACUUGUCUGUGCAGUGUUUUGGACAAACGCCCCUGUUCCCCAUCCACAGGUCUCAGCUCCAUCCUACACCCCCUAAACCCCACCCUGCCCCACCCCGCCGCCGCCACCCAUCCAACCGCCUCCCCACACCCACCUGCCACGGCGCCACCUGUCCCAGCACACAUCCCAACACAAGCAGCACUGAAGAAGAAGAGCAAGCGCACCCCACCCGCUUUCCACCCACUGCCGAUGUCGCGGAGAAGAGCAACCCAUCAGCCUCCAACGUCACUCUGUUCCCAUGGAAAUAAAAAGAAAAAAAAAAUACAGAAAACGACUUAGAUGAAAGCAUCAGCACUUUUCACUUGCUCACAGUAUGUCUGCAUGGCUUUCUUUGGCUUGUUUGUUUAUGUUUGUUUGUCAGUUUCAUCCCAUGCUUGUUUUUCCCCUUCAAGAUUUUCUUUGGUUUGUUUGUUUGAGUUCAUCAUUUGGUUGUUUGAUUUUUGCCAAUACUUGAUCGGUUAGCUGUGGGUGUGAAGUGCUUUAAGCGUCCUGGCGUACAAACUUCACUGAAGAUCUGCAGCCCCCAAUGGCACAUCAUCAGACAGGGAGAGCCCUGUUUUCACACUGCUAAAGUUUUGUUUGUUUGAGUGUGAACUAGCUAUUCAUUGUCAUUUGGUUUAAUCCAAUGUCAAGGUCAGACAGAACGUUUAUCAUGGCAUAUUAACUGUUUUCACUCUUAUUUGGGCUGAAACAGAGGUAGUUAAUCUUCACACCACACACUCUGGGAAGCGUCAGAUGAUAGAAGUUCAUGUAACCAUUUCAGAAUGAGUACUCAUCUCAGACGCAAUGUGAAACUAAGUGUAUUGCCAAUUCUGCCUAUGUUGGAUAGCAACUGAGAGGUGAGGCCCCUGGCCAUUUGCUUGAUGAAAUGUUUGUUACAACUUUUAAGUUUUGCAUUGAAGAAAUAGAAAAUUCCAAGUGGAACUGAGGUUUGUGGUGGCACUGAGUUUAAGUGACUGAACUGCAUCACAGAAAUGUUUAAAAACACCAGUAACACAGUGAUUACAUUCGACCUUGGUACGAGAUGGAGCAACUGUUGACGUGGUUAGCAAAAGAAGGAAAAGAAAGCACUUGUGAACCUAACAGCAGAUGUAUCGGAAGUGGUGCAUAGAGUUUGGAAGAGUUACUGCCUGUCACUUUGAUGAGCAAUGUGGAGCUUCUCCUGUCACCGGUUUAUGCCCUUGUGUGGUCACACAUUGCCAAAGUAAAAUUUUGCAUAGUCACAUAAUUUCUAUAGAUUACGUGGAGGAUGGCCUAUGCCAGCGUGCGUUCACUAAUCUUAGUCAUUUUAUGACAAUUUUUUAGAUGUUUCCUUAUUCAUCUUGUCUUGUGUAACUCAUCCCAGUCAAGCUACAAUCAUUUAAGGAGGAAGUAGCCAUUGUUAUCCACCAAGUUUCAAUGUCCCAGAUUUAAGAGAUGUAAAUUCCAUUGGGAUUUCUUUCCUGGUUAUUUAUUUGUUAUUUAUGCCAGAAUAUAUGUGUGAUUGAAUGUUUGAUAAAGAAUGAGUGUAGCCUUUACUACAUGUUGCCUCUUAGGGUUGUACAUAAUAACUUUGAAUUUGUUUCAAUGAAAAUAGGUUGAGAAGGUUGCAACACUAUUUCUUGCAUUUCGCAGAGGUCUUUUUGUCUCACCAAUGAUAACAAAAGUGACCUGUGUGUCGGUGAGAGAAAAGAUGACAACCUUUGUUCUAAUUGUCAUAAAUAUCAAUGCAGAAGUUCACCAGGUUUUGUUCCAUUUUUUGGUCCCUUUUAAAAAAAAAAAAAAUUAUUCCAUGUAAAAGGGGAAAAGUUACCUUUAGACCGUUGCUAUUUCCCAUACAGCAGUUAUUAGCAAUUCUGCACAUUCGUCACAAUUUUUACAUUUCAGUCCAUAAAAGCCUAGUCUGCUUUGCAGCACUUUUAUAACAAUAUGACUUGUGAAUUAAUAACACACAUAUGGACAAUAUGAAUUUAAACACACUUUGGGAUUAAAUUGUAUUUCUAUGUUAACCACUUGCCAUAUGAAAUGCAGAGUUGAGUUACAUUACAGUUAGUCUUGUUCCCUUCUUUAAAGGUGGAAAUGGUGUGAGACUACAAUCAUGUAAUUCUGCAGAAAUUAUUAAAAGAUGGUUUUUGUAUGUACAUACAUGUGUAUUCUGUGCUUCUUGUUGCCGGUACAGGAUUUUUCUUGCAUAUGUUCACGAAUGGCAAGCUUUUGCACAUCAAAUCAAACACACAAAUACCUGAAACACAGUAUCAAGAAGCAUAGACUACACCACAGUAUUGGGAAAGUGCUUUUUCACUCUUCGGCAACUAUCCGAAUGUUGAUUACAGCAGGUUUAAAAGCAUUCUACCAUUUGAGGACCAAAACAAAAUAAAAUUUCCCCAUAUAUUUCAAUACGGUCAAUACUGAGUUCCAAGCACAUAAAUUAUUUUUUCAUGCAUCGCCAUAACUUCCCAAACCAUCUGUGCACCACUCUUCUAUAUCAGUCCAGUGUCAUCGCAAACUCAGUUCACUGCUUUCUGUAACAGUAUGAGAUUCCAUCAGUUGAAAGCUCAGACAGGGUAGCUGCCCCAUUAACAGAUAUAGAACAAGCACCAGAGAUAGCCACUAUGUGUGUGUUUCUCAGUAUGAUGUGUUUGUUCUGGAUAACUUCAACUGGAUUCACUUGUGCAAGUAAUUUUGGUAGCAGACAGCAGGAACGAGUCAGUGCUCCUCAGCAUUUGGCAGCAUAAUGAUGACUGUAUUUUUCUUGUUACCAUCAAUCAUAUUUUUACAUUGUAUUUUAGCCCUAAACAUUUACAUUUAAGUUGUUUUUUUUCUAUUUACAGUCAUGUGCUGUAAUUAUUGCAUUAAAUAGACAUGUUUGUAGACAUUCAAAAAAUAUUCCAUGUAAACUGCAGUGUAGCUUGUUCUUGGUUUUGUGUUUGAAAAAACACAAUCUCGUCUUCAUUUCUUUAAAAGAUUGGAUAACAAUUAAGCAGGCAUGUCUGUUUCUUCAGAUCUAGGGUGAACCUUCAUGAUCAGACUGACAUUUCAGGUGGGGAGCUGUAGCCUUGUGAACUGAAAACUUGAAGUAAAAUCUUUCAUCAUUAUUUGUAUUUAUCAAUUGAAUGUGUGCCACUACUCAGCAAGGACAUAAGCCGUACAGUGUUUGAAUGGAUGUUCUCUUUUCUUCUUUUGCAGUCUGGUUGGAACUACUUUGAUGUACUGCAUUUUUGAACGAGUUACUUUUUUAAGUUGUAUAAUUUAUUUCCUGGCAAAUAAAAAGGUCUGGUAAAGA